AUGGGUCUUUACGACGAGGUGGAGAUCGAGGAUAUGGAGUGGAACGAGGAGCUGGAGGCCUUCACGUACUCGUGCCCGUGUGGCGAUCUGUUUCAGAUAACUCUGAAAGAGCUGGCUGCUGGCGAGGACAUUGCAAAGUGUCCCAGCUGCUCCUUGUACGUGCAAGUCAUCUACGAUCAGGUGCACGUGCAUUUUUCUUAUACCCUUCAACAUACCUCCUGCUAG